AGGAUGGAAGCCACGUCGUCUGCACUGGCUCGUGGAUUCACACCCAGGGAUGCCCGGCUACAUGGAACUGUGAGCCCUGGAGCCGCAUCAUGGAAGGUUCUGGUCCAAGAACGGUCCACACAGAAGAGCUGAGCAGAGUGAAUCCUGCACAGCCCUGGAUGCUGACACAUCUACCCUGGGUUCAGAUAAAAGAGAAAACAACGUAAUGUGUCCCAGCUGCCUAGGGUGAGGUCCCUAUCAUGGUGACCAGAGCUGAAGCAAAUCUAGGGACGAUUUCUCCGAUACGCAGGACAGAGAUUCAGAAACUGGAAUCUGGGGAGAGGAAAGGUGACGACCCCCCACCAGCAGAGACUGCCCAAGAGCUCUGACGCACUGCCUCGCCUCUGCCGGUCUCCAGGGCCGUCCUGCCGGGGGUGCUGCCUGGAGACAAGGGUCAUGGAGGUCUGGCAUGGAAUCGUGAUUGCAGUAGUGUCGCUGAUCCUGCAGGCCUGUCUCCUCGCAGUCAUCAACUACCUGCUCAGCAGGCACAUGGCCAAGGAAAAUGAGCGCAUAUUGAAAGAGGCCAGGUCCCAAGCCCCCAGCGUUAGUCCAGCUCACUGCUGCCCGCCUGCUGCCAAGGAGAGGAAGGAGACUCGGGUGGAGAGGAACGUCCUGGUGCCCGAGCCUCGCUACCAGAAUGACAGUGACACAUCCUCAGAUAGCUCUGACAGCUCAGAGAGCUCACCUCCCACCACCUGCCAGGUCACCAAGGAUGUGAACUACACACAGGUAGUCUUUGCAGCCCCUGGAGAUCGAAGAAAUGACUCUGUCCUGGACUAUGAGAACAUAAAGGAAGCCACAGAUUAUGUCAAUGUCAAGCCAAAGAGCCACAAGCCCAAUUUCUGGACUUUUGUGAACCCUGCUGUCUCUGAACCAGUGGAAUACUCUCAAGUGGUCAUGUGAAUCCUGGGCUUUUUAAUGGGGUGCAGUUCCUUAUGAAUUCUUGGACUUACUUUAUAGGGAAAUUACUGUUUUUUGUUUCUUUUUUUAAAGAUGAGUCAUAGGAGGAAAAAACAAGCCUGUAUCUCAGCAAGAAAGAUUCAGAUCAGGAAGAACUUCCAGGUUUCAUGAAGACAUCAGAGCAUAUCAGUAGAGAAAGUGAUUAAAUCUUUCUCCAUAAAAAAUUUUUUAAAGAUUU